AUGGCGAACAAGUUUGGAUUAGGUUCUUUAUCUUUAGAAACUAAAAAACCUAACACUACAGCGUGGAUAAAUAAAGCGAAACCUUACUUUGUGGAUCAAAUCGGAGACACUCUUCAAGGUGAUUUAGAUAUGAACAAUUUUACCAUAACUAAUUUAAAGUCUCCCGAAAACGAUAAUGACGCUGUUCACAAGAAAUAUUUACGGGAACAAAUAAAUUCAAUUGAAGUAAAAGUUGAUUCAAUAUUCUUCAGACAAAACCCUCGUUUUUCUAAUAAAUUUAACGCUCAAAAAGUUCUUCAGUUUAUCAAAAAAUGUAGAAUCUAA